UCCGCGCCGCCGGCCCGGCCUCCCCCUCAGGCCGCCGCCCGGACCCUCUCUGCCCCCUCAGGGCCGCCCGCGCUCCCGCCCCUCAGGCGCGCGCCCCCGCCCUCCGUCCCGCGGCGUGCGCGCCCCCGCGGGCCCGCUCGGGAGUGCGCGCGCAGGGCGGGCGGGAGGCGGCGGCGGGCAGGGAGCUCUCUGCGGGCGCAGUGCUGAUCCGCCGGCGGGGCGGCCGGGAAUGCGAAGCAAUGGCCGCGGGGGGUUCGGGCAGCGGCAGCGCGGAGGAGAAGAGCUACCGCCGCUUCCUCGAGCUGUUCUUGGGCGAGUUCCGCGGGCCCUUCGGGGCAGAGCCGGAGCCAGCGCCGGCUCCCCCCGCUGCUGCCGACGCCGCGGCCGCCGCUGAGGAGGACCCCGGGGCUGAGGGGGAAGCGGGAACGACGGCCGAGACGGAGGAGGGCGAGGGCGACGGUGGCGCCGACGGCGACCCUCAGCCGCCCGCCCCGCCGCCGCCUCCCCCGCCGCUGCCCCCGCUGCCCCGGCCGCUUUCGGAGUACAUCACGGAGGAGGAGGUGGAGGGCGAGUGCCUGGACCUCUGCCUGCAGCAGCUCUACAAGUAUAAUUGCCCUUCGUUUUUGGCUGCUGCUUUAGCUAGAGCAACUUCAGAUGAAGUCCUUCAGAGUGAUCUUUCGGCACACUACUUACCAAAGCAUGUGGACAACGCGGAUGGGAUCAUACAGAUCGAGACGGUGAAGCUAGCCCGCGUAGUGUUUAGCAAACUGCACGAGAUCUGCAGCAACUGGGUGAAAGACUUUCCACUCCAGCCGAAGCCCCACCGCUACUACGAGACGUCCAUCCACGCCAUCAAGAAUAUGCGCAGGAAGAUGGAAGACAAGCACGUCUGCAUCCCAGACUUCAACAUGCUCUUCAACCUUGAGGACCAAGAGGAGCAAGCUUAUUUUGCAGUGUUUGAUGGUCACGGGGGAGUGGAUGCUGCCAUCUAUGCCUCCAUCCAUCUCCAUGUCAACAUGGUCCAUCAGGAGAUGUUUCAGCACGACCCGGCGGAGGCACUGUGCCGGGCCUUCCGGGUGACCGAUGAGCGUUUUGUCCAGAAGGCAGCCAGAGAGAGUCUGCGUUGUGGAACCACUGGGGUGGUGACCUUCAUCCGAGGAAAUAUGCUGCACGUGGCUUGGCUUGGGGACUCCCAGGUUAUGCUCGUGAGGAGAGGCCAAGCUGUGGAACUGAUGAAACCCCACAAACCAGAUCGAGAGGAUGAGAAGAAGCGCAUUGAGGCACUCGGUGGCUGCGUGGUCUGGUUUGGAGCCUGGAGGGUGAACGGGAGCCUGUCAGUCUCCAGAGCUAUUGGGGACGCCGAGCACAAGCCAUAUAUCUGUGGGGAUGCAGACUCUGCCUCCACUGUACUAGAUGGCUCUGAAGACUACCUCAUUUUAGCCUGCGACGGCUUCUAUGACACAGUCAAUCCCGAUGAGGCAGUCAAAGUGGUGGCUGACCAUCUAAAGGAGAAUAACGGCGACAGCAGCAUGGUAGCACAUAAAUUAGUGGCAUCUGCUCGGGAUGCCGGUUCCAGCGACAACAUUACUGUCAUUGUGGUAUUUCUCAGGGACAUGAACGCAGCAGUUGCUGUUAGCGAGGAGUCGGACUGGACAGAGAACUCUUUUCAAGGUGGGCAAGAAGACAACGGGGAAGAUAAGGAAAACCAUGGAGACUGCAAACGACCGUGGCCCCAGCACCAGUGCUCAGCACCUGCAGACCUUGGCUAUGAGGGACGCGUGGAUUCCUUCACCGACAGAACUAGCUUAAGCAUAGGAUCCAACAUUCACCCGUUUGAUGAUCAAGGCUAUUUAGACCUGACAAAAACAGAAAUUAGUACACCUCAGAGUGCCAAAUGUCUGCCACCGGUUCAAGCGUUCAGUCCUGGCAAACCAAAGAGCGCAAAUUUGAUCAGCGGCUUCGCAGUGAAGAAGGAAUCCCCAGAGCGCACCACGUCAUCCGUCUGCGGACAGAGCGAUGCCAGGGGGUCCAACGCUCCUCUUAGUUUGGGUGUCGCAGGGCAGAGCAUCUACAGGGCGAAGGGUUUAUCCCCCAUCUUCUUUGGGCUGGAAGAUGAACUGUUCAAAUCCCUGGGAAAACGAGCCGCGUCCUUUCACUUCCGACCCUGUAAUGGGAAGAGGCGGCAAGGAGCCAGGCUCAAACCAAAGUUUCACAUGCCACUCUCGGCUCGCGAGCCUUCCCAUAGAGAAGGAUCGAGUCUGUCCUUACCCGUCCGGGGCCGCGGUAGCAGGAGGCUGUCGGUAAGACACGCCCCGUGGUGGAGGCUGGCCGGUCAUAGCGCUUGCAGCGAGAGCAUGUUUUUGCUGCGAAGACAAAGUAAUUGUAUACCAGAUUCAUCCCUUCAUCAAUGCUGUAAAAUGUAACCAUCUCCCUCGUGUGUUCCCCCGUCAGACUCCCAAAAUAGACAUUCCCCAAAUCAAACUGGCAUCAUCAGAAAGCGAAAAAAAGGUGGGCAUUUCCGAACUGUCCCUCCAGUCCCCUGCGAAGCUCAAACCACGUGUAAAUAGAUCUAGGAAUUAACAAAUGUAGUUGUUUCAAUCUCAAUAAAAUUUGCUGGUGGUGCCACCCCGAGCAAUGCCACAGCCACCCGGCCGCCCGCACACACAAGUAUCCAGCCACAUUCACUAGUGAAAGCCAAACAGCUGGUUCAGGUGGACAGACACUGUUAGGGAACAGUCGUUAACGACCCAGAAAGCUGAACCUGCCUGAGGUACGUCUGUGGAGCAAUAUGUACAGAAAGAGUCCGGUUUAGAGCUGCCAAAUUUUUUUAGAGUGGGGGGGAAGUUUCUGUAGAAGUCAAGGUGUGUGGGGUGUUUUGGUUGGUUUUUGGUUUUUUUUUUGUGUUCUGCUUUUGUUUAUUUCAGGCGAGCAUUAAGAUGAAUUAGAAAAUUACAUCCACUUUUGCAGGUAGACGACUAAAAGCCAUACAGGGUUUUACCAGGUAACUUAGGAAUGGACAAACUAAGCUCCUGCUACUCUGUUCUCAGACUCCCAUUGAGGUACAGACUCAUAAUUUACCUAUUUUUUUCAUGUAACAUAAAACGUGGAAUAUGAAGAAAACUGUUUUUUGUAGUUUUAAAAAAAAAAAAUCAAUUAUUUCCUAUGGCUAGAGGUGCAGCGUAGGGAAUUUCGUAUCUUUCUGGUGCUUUUAGUGGCAUUUCUCUUGUUUGUCAGUUUAGGAAACUGUUCUCAAUUAGUUUUAAUCGAACAUGAUUGUGCUUAAUGCUUUGAGCCAACCUCAUCUCAGGUCUUAAAAGAAACCAAUGUGCGGAGAUGUUCAGUACGAUGCUGCUGUCACUCCACCGGUCAAACCAGAGAACUGCUUGUGAAAGAUAAUGAGCAAUUUGGUGAGCUGUUUGGUUUCGGUAACGAUUUCUAGACGGCAAAGGCAUAAUUUAACAUAAAGUUGCAGCGUGAAGGAUGCUGUAGGAUGCUGCGUCUGCGAGGAGUGGCGUUGCCGCAGCGUGGGGUUUUGCAGCGUGUGCCGGGAUGGAUGCCGGCGGCCGGAGCAGCCCGAAGUGAAGGGAAAUGCCGAGGAUGCGGAUGAGCGAGGGCUGCGCGCAGGGUUUAGCGGAGAGGGUGAAACUCCCAGAGCCAGAGCUCCGCUUCGGCUAAACCUGGGUUGAGAAGGGACGGUGAGGAACGUCAGUGGCCCUCAUUUUCCUACGCAGAGCGUUCUUUAUCAAACUGGGAAACAACCAGGACCCACCAGCUCUUCCCUGCUCCCCACGGGGUGUCAAACCCUUACGGGAGCGGUUAAUUGGGACGUAAGCAAGCAGGCGAUUCCCGUCAGCUCCACUCAAUACACAUCCUGUCACUAUUCUUUGUUACGAUAAGACAUUUGUAAGAGUAAGAAUAAAGUAAGUCUUCAUAGGCGUUUAUUGUACAACUCCUAUCAUUUUAGCAGUAACAAUUUAAUAACAGUAUUAGUAUUUAGCUAGAAUUUGCAAAGUAUUUUAAUAUUAAGCAGUCAGGAGAUUAUUCAACAGGACGAGAUGGCAAGGUUUGAAUUAAUUCUGCCAAUUUCCGCUUCUUCUAUCUUUGAUGCACUAUUUUAAAAGCAAUCUGAUGAAUAGCAGAAGGCUUUGUGAGUAACCAGGAGCUGGCGUGUGGCUUUAGAUUCCUUUGAUCUUUUUCAGACCUUUUUUUUUAAUCUUACGGGAUCAUUGGCUCUUAUCUGUCAUCUUAUUAAGCCUUAGCUGUUGUCAGCGUUCUCUUUAGCUGCAGCGUAUGUUCCAAGCCAGAUUUACUGAGGAAAUUUGUGAAACCAUGAAAUGGUAAAAUAUGCAACUCGGAGGUAUCUCUGCGGUGCCUUUGUUUUAAAUUAUUCACAGUAAUAACGCCGCGUUGAAGGUCCAUCUUACAGCCGACUGUCGUGCUUCGGAGAGAAAGGUGAUGUAAGUGCAAUUGUUUGUGGGAGUAAAGGAGAACGACAAACCGUCCUGGAUGAUAAACUUCUUCCCAGUCUGCAGGAGCAGUUGAAGGGCACUGGGCUGCACGUGUGCUGUUUUGGGAAGGAUCUAGCUUUUUAGGUGUGGAUUCAUAAACGCUAAUUCUGUGACUCAUUACCAUUUAUCCUGCUAGGAGGAAAAAAAUAAAUAAAUCUCCCAUCGUAGUUCCAGUGUGGUCAGGUAAAACCAUUGUAUAGGUAGCAAGUGUUCAUUUCUUCACUAACUGCAUAUUUAUAGAGUAGAUAGGAACCAUUUGUAAGGUAAGUCAAGUCCUUUAAAGUUCUAUACUAUUAAAAGUAGUGGUUAUUGGUCUGAUAUAUGCUGCUCUUGAUUCUACACACUAGACAAAAAAGCAGUGCUUUGUGAAAUGCAGUGUUUUCUCUUAAUGCCACUGGUGAUAGGAAGUAGUUCUCUUCAGUUCAAAAUCCUGUGCCCUUAUUUGCUGCUUGCUAACGUAAGCAAUAAUCCCUCUCGAACGGUAUCUAAGUGUUCUGUAUCUCGUACUUUGAUUGUCUAUCUGGUGACAAUGUAAAAAUAUUAGGCUAAUAUAAAAGUAUCUCAUUGUAUUUAUUAACUGUUGAUACUGAGAUUCAGUCUGUGACCUGUGUUUUGUAUUUUUAUUGUGUAUCUUAGUGGUGGUGAAAUUUGUAUAACGAAUCUUUCCAAUAAAGAGCUGAAGUAUCCCUU